AUGCUCCCCCCGCUACGCAGCCCUUACGCACUUUACGUAGCGCAGACAGUCGCAGAGCUGUCAAAGCCCGGAGCUCCGCGUUCCCCGCAGGACUGUGACCGUGCCCGGUGCUUCUCAUCCACACAGCGGCAGAGGAACCAGACUGACGCCGGGACCUGUGGAGCAUGUGUCAGGGCGAAGCAGGAGAGAGUACCGCGUGUUUGUACUCCGGUCAGCGCUGGAGGAGGACGGAACAUGGACCUGUGUGAGGCCCAGCAGAGCGCCCCGACUGAGGCCCCUCUGUGCCCUGCAGACCCAGACCUGACUUGCAGAGACCACAUGGACAGUGUGGUGUUCCAGUACGACUCUGUGCUCUCAGACGUCCACAUGCUGCAGCCGCGCACAAACCGCCUCAUGCGCCGCCUCAACCGAGCGGGACAACCAGCUGUCUCUCUUCUUCUACCAGCUGUCUCUCUUCUUCUACCAGCUCUGUCUCUCUUCUUCUACCAGCUGUCUCUCUUCUUCUACCAGCUGUCUCUCUUCUUCUACCAGCUGUCUCUCUUCUUCUACCAGCUGUCUCUCUUCUUCUACCAGCUGUCUCUCUUCUUCUACCAGCUGUCUCUCUUCUUCUACCAGCUGUCUCUCUUCUUCUACCAGCUGUCUCUCUUCUUCUACCAGCUGUCUCUCUUCUUCUACCAGCUGUCUCUCUUCUUCUACCAGCUGUCUCUCUUCUUCUACCAGCUGUCUCUCUUCUUCUACCAGCUGUCUCUCUUCUUCUACCAGCUGUCUCUCUUCUUCUACCAGCUGUCUCUCUUCCUCUACCAGCUGUCUCUCUUCCUCUACCAGCUGUCUCUCUUCUUCUACCAGCUGUCUCUCUUCCUCUGCCAGCUGUCUCUCUUCUUCUACCAGCUGUCUCUCUUCUUCUACCAGCUGUCUCUCUUCUUCUACCAGCUGUCUCUCUUCUUCUACCAGCUGUCUCUCUUCUUCUACCAGCUGUCUCUCUUCUUCUACCAGCUGUCUCUCUUCUUCUACCAGCUGUCUCUCUUCUUCUACCAGCUGUCUCUCUUCUUCUACCAGCUGUCUCUCUUCUUCUACCAGCUGUCUCUCUUCUUCUACCAGCUGUCUCUCUUCUUCUACCAGCUGUCUCUCUUCUUCUACCAGCUGUCUCUCUUCUUCUACCAGCUGUCUCUCUUCUUCUACCAGCUGUCUCUCUUCCUCUACCAGCUGUCUCUCUUCUUCUACCAGCUGUCUCUCUUCUUCUACCAGCUGUCUCUCUUCUUCUACCAGCUGUCUCUCUUCUUCUACCAGCUGUCUCUCUUCUUCUACCAGCUGUCUCUCUUCCUCUACCCAGCUCUGUCUCUCUUCUUCUACCAGCUGUCUCUCUUCUUCUACCAGCUGUCUCUCUUCUUCUACCAGCUGUCUCUCUUCUUCUACCAGCUGUCUCUCUUCCUCUACCAGCUGUCUCUCUUCUUCUACCAGCUGUCUCUCUUCUUCUACCAGCUGUCUCUCUUCUUCUACCAGCUGUCUCUCUUCUUCUACCAGCUGUCUCUCUUCCUCUACCAGCUGUCUCUCUUCCUCUACCAGCUGUCUCUCUUCUUCUACCAGCUGUCUCUCUUCUUCUACCAGCUGUCUCUCUUCUUCUACCAGCUGUCUCUCUUCUUCUACCAGCUGUCUCUCUUCUUCUACCAGCUGUCUCUCUUCUUCUACCAGCUGUCUCUCUUCCUCUACCAGCUGUCUCUCUUCCUCUACCAGCUGUCUCUCUUCCUCUACCAGCUGUCUCUCUUCCUCUACCAGCUGUCUCUCUUCCUCUACCAGCUGUCUCUCUUCUUCUACCAGCAGCAAUUCCGGAUCCUGUCUCAUGACCAGGACCAGGACCAGGACCAGACUGAGGAGUCGGAGAGCAGCGAGGAGGGAGGGACUGGAGAGGCCCUGGAGACUGUAGGGGCCCCAGAGGAGAACCAGAGCCCUCUGCUGGACGAGGACGGAGACUUGGAGUUAACACGGCCCCAGAGGUUCUCUGAGUCUGACUGCGGUCGAGAAGAGGUGUGUCCGGUGCUGCUGAGUCAGACGGACCCCCAAGAGCCUGAAGAACCAGAGGACCCAGAGGACCCCCAAGACCCAGGAGAGGACAGCUGUCAGUCUGCACAGGUCAUCAGGAUAGAACACACCAUGGCCACUCUGCUGGAGGAUGUGGGCAAACAGGUGAGUGGGCUGGACCUUCACUUUCCCUUUGGCACUGCCCCAAACCCAGGUCCUGCUGGGAUAGUCCUGACUGUGCUACGUCUGCAGGAGUUUAGAGGAGUGUGGCGUGGGGCCUUACUGCUGGCAGACUUUGUCCUGGCGGGCCCCGGGGUCUUCAAAGGGGCCACAGUGCUGGAGCUGGGAGCGGGCACAGGGCUCAGCAGCAUCAUCACUGCGUCUGUGGCCAAGAGAGUCUACUGCAGCGAUGUGGGGGAGGACGUUCUGAGCAUGUGCAGAACGAACGUGUCGCUGAACAAAGACCUGAUGGAGCGCAGCGGAGGAGAGGUGCUGGUGAGGAAGUUGGACUGGACGGAGCGUGACCUCUGCACAGACCCAGAGCAGGAGUUCAGCUGGAGCGAGGAGGAAGUGUGUGACCUGUACGACCACACCACGCUCAUCCUCGCUGCAGACGUGGUCUACGAUGACGACCUCACAGACGCCUUCUUCAGGACCGUCUACCAGCUGUGCUCCGGCUUCACCCACAGCUGCGACGUCUACAUCUCCAUCGAGAAGAGGCUGAACUUCACCCUGCGUCAGAUGGACGUGUGUUGUGAGGCCUACCAGCACUUCCACCACUGUCUGCAGCAGCUCCAGGACCUCCAGGGGCCCCACCGCUUCAGCGCACAGAAACUGGCCCCCAGCUUCAAACAGAGCCUCAUGUACGAGCGCGUGGACCAGCUGGAGUUAUGGAAGGUGUCUUCUUCGUACACAGCAGACGACCAGGAAAAGUCCAUCAUCCCCUAA